UGCCUGCCUCGGGAGCCCGCUGUUGCCUGGACUAGGCUACCUAGUGCCCCAAACGAGCGCCCCCAAGUUGACCCUGUUCCCCAUUGGCUGCUCUGGAGAGCGCGCCAUCUAAUGAGGAGUAAAGUGCAAAGCACCAGAGCACGCGCUCCCCGCGGCGGGAUCUGGGCUGCAGGAGCGGGACUGGCAGCAGCCGAAGCUGCGCAACAGUCAGCUGCCGGGCCUAUCUGCAGAGGACACCCGUUCUCCCCCGGACCCGGCCUGGGUUGUAGCUCGGAAGGUCUUCCUUCGCGAAUCUUUGCAUCUCCAACCUGGAAUCCAACCUGCAAGGCUCCUUUCAUUGGUUCCUGUAUUUGGCAUUCUGGUCCACACUACCGGUCCACAUCCUUCUCUCCAACGGUUUGGGAAAUUCUGUACCCCGAAGAAUUUGGAUUGAGAUCUGAACGGAAGUCGUGUAGACGAGGGUAAAACCCUGGAGGGACCAUGUUCUAUUAUCCCAAUGUGCUUCAGCGCCACACCGGCUGCUUCGCCACCAUCUGGCUGGCAGCGACGCGGGGCUGCCGGUUGGUGAAGCGCGAAUACCUGAAGGUGAAUGUGGUGAAGACCUGCGAGGAAAUCCUCAAUUACGUGCUGGUGCGAGUUCAGCCCCCGCUGCCGGGUGCACCGCGGCCCCGCUUCUCGCUCUACCUCUCAGCGCAGCUCCAGAUUGGCGUCAUCCGCGUCUACUCUCAGCAAUGCCAGUACCUUGUAGAAGACAUCCAGCACAUCCUGGAGCGCCUGCACAGGGCACAGCUGCAGAUCCGCAUUGAUAUGGUGGAGACUGACCUACCCAGCCUGCUGCUGCCUGACCACCUGGCCAGGAUGGAGACUCUGGAAGAUGCUCCAGACCCCUUUUUUGGGAUGAUGUCUGUGGAUCCCAUGCUGCCUGAUCCCUUUGAUAUCCCUCAGGUUCGACACCUUCUAGAGGCCGUGACCCUGGAGAGAGUUCCUGAAGAGAUCCCUCCUGAAGUCCCCGUAGAGCCUCGGGAGCCAGAAAGGAUUCGGGUCACCCCCGAAGCCAUCACGAUCCAGGAGGCGGAGCCCAUACGUAUGCUGCGGAUCGAGGGUGAACUGGACCUCCCAGAAGUCAGCCGCCGAGUCUUGGACCUGCUGAUUGCUGAGGAGGAUGAAGCCAUCUUAUUAGAGGAACGUCGGCUAGGUAGGACCCACCUGGCAGUGGACGGUCAGACCCCAGGCGCUGGCCAUCUGGGCCGGGCAAUGUUCACACCUCUUCUGUGUUCUAAGCUUGAUCCUCUCUUCGCAGAAUUCAGAGAGGAGCCCCGGGCCCCAGAGGGGGAGAUCACAGUUCCCCCACCCUCACCUUCAGCUCUUGUAGGGGUGGAGGAGGCAGCAGAGCCACUUCCCAGCCAGGUCCUGGCCCCGGAGGAGCUAAAGCCGGUAGGCUGGGAGCCAGAGGUCCCACUUCCUGAGGUGACGCCCCCGCCGGAGCUGCGUCUGCCACCCGUCCCAGUCAGCCCUGAGUGGAGGAGGCCCCCAGUCUCCCCACCUCCCAGGGGCCCACCAGCUCGCCGUCGCCGCCGCCAGUUACUAUUUUGGGACAAAGAGACUCAGAUCUCCCGGAAGGAAUUCCAGGAACAACUGCAAACCAGAGCCCACUGCAGGGAGUGUCCAAUGGUGCAGCCUCCUGAGAGGAUGAUCAGGACCCCCGUGGAGCUGUUCCGAAACCCGACUUACUCUGGCUGGCUACCCCCAGAACUGCUGGCUUUCUGGACCCACUGUGCCCAGCCACCUCCAAGGGCACUAAGGCGAAGGCUGCCUGAGGAGCUAGAGGAGGCUGAGAGGGAGGCAGCGGCUGAGGAGGAAAGGAGAAAGGCUGAGACUCCGAGCGAUAUUGAGGUCCUGAGGGAGGCCCAGGAGCCCAGUGGGCCCCUCAUGGUAUCUUCUGAAAUCUCCCUGGAAGUAGCUGAGGAGGAGAAGUCCCGCAUCAGCCUCGUGCCCCCAGAAGAGCGGUGGGCCUGGGUGGAGGCGGAGCAGCCAGAGGCCCCUGCGCUGCCUGUGGUGCCUGAGCUCCCUGAGGUGCCCGUGGAGCUGCCUGCGGAGCUGCCCCCAGAGCCCGAGCUGCUCUCGCUGGAGGCUGUGCACAGGGCAGUGGCGCGGGAGAUGCAGGCCGACAGGGAGCCCGACUUCAGCAGCCUGGUGCCACCUCUCAGCCCCCGCAGGAUGGCCGCUCGUGUCUUCUACCUGCUCCUAGUGCUUGCCGCGCAGCAGAUCUUUCGUGUGAAACAAGAGGAGCCAUAUGGGCGCCUCCUGAUCCAGCCAGGGCCCCGAUUCCACGACAGUUAAGAGCCAAUUUACAAAGCUGCCAGGCAACCAGCUACAUUACACUGUGGCCUUCUGAACGUGUAUCUCUGUCCUUCCUGCUCCUAGAACUACCGUUCAAGCAGAAAAUAAACUGCCUUUAUUACA